UGAAGACGGUAGCUCAGUUGGUACACCCAUGAUCUGUUUGAAAAUGCAGGUUCAAAAUUCAAAUCCAGCUGGAAGUAGUUUGAAUGGGUUAACUUUCUUUAUGGAAAAAAAAAAGGACUAUGCCUGAGUUGCUGACAAAGUUUUUUUCCCCCUGAAUCCUAUCCUAAUUCCUAAACCCCCAUCCUCCCCAGGGGAGCUUGUUGCUUGUGAUAGCAGGAAUCGGGCUACUCUCACUCUCUGCAAUCGGUCUUGUCAUGCUCUUUGGCAAAACAUGCUUGCCUGGUGUGGAACAUGCUCUUCCUUCGUGCUCUCAAGACGUUGACAUAGGCUCACAGCAUGCCAGUGAUGCCACCACUGCCGUCUCUGCCCUCGGCAGUGGAGCCAUCAGCACACACACUGUCAGGCGCUUCGAACUUCGGAGGAAGCGGGAUCGAAGGCACUGGGGGGAAACGGACCCCUCCGAUCCUGCAAGAUCGGACAGCGAAGAUCAUCACGACGACGAGUCGGACGGACUUCAUGCGACCCUGUGCCAGAAUGGUUUGGAGUCUCAGAAAUCCUCUCACGCGAAGAUGAGAAAGCGUAGGAAACACCCGCUCUAUCAAUUUCGCAAUGGCUAUCAGUCUUCUUCUGUUGGGAAGCCAUCGCAUCAGAUGCUGCAAAAGCGAAAAAGAGGGAAAGGUAUUGAGACAUCAAGCUUGAUGUUCAUGCAGCAGGGAUGGAGAGUACUGUUCAGAAUCUGCAGAAAAUUUUCGUUUUUCGGAAGUUUUUUGGGCGGGUUCGAGCCAUCGGUAUUCGCUACGCUGACUGUGUUACAUUCUCUGAGUUUCACCUCCACGUCAUUUAUCGAAGAAGAGAAUCAUACCUGGUACUUCUUCGUUGCAACACUUUGGUUCGUCUAUCUCCGUUCGACAAUCAGCUGCACAACUUGGGGAAAGGAUCGUGGGAACGACCACCGUGGCGACUUGAGGGAUCCAUUUGUCAUCAUAAGCGGAGUGAGUGCAGAUGGGUCAGAGGGGGAAGAAGGAUCACAUGGUAAGAGCGACGAUGGAUUGCAGUUUAACUUGGGGGAUCGGAUCACGAAACUCCGGGGGACAGGAAGUGCUUCCAGUGCUUCGUACAGGGCCAAAUGUCAAAUUGAGAUACAGAUGGGCGCACAGACUACGGAUGACAACGCCUUAGGUAUGAAUCAGACUGUGUCUGAUCGCAGCGAUCGGCUACCGCUUUCCAUACUUUUAGCAGCUGUGAUGGCCGGCUUGGUCGCUAGUAGGAUUCUAAGGGGCUGGCAUCGAGGAGGGGUCAACUUCGCGAAUCAGCCAGAUAUUGCCAAGUUGCUUGAGAAGGACAUAGAUGCGAAACAAGUUUGUACUAUGAUAAGAGGGGUAGUGAUCGGGGUAGUUACUUUGAUAAUGUGUGUGGCGGUUUUCUUCCGGUUCCCACAGCAAGAAGAGGACAAGAGACACCACCCAAAGCAGGUAUCAGGGUCGAGGAGGUUAAUCGACCGGGCAUGGGAUCGUGCUCGCACCGGAGUUUUUGUGGUGGGAGUAGCUGCAGCAGGUGGGACUAUCUGGGUCUACCAUGCCAUGGACAAGCGAUUGGCAGUCAUCGGGAAUGGUACUUCCUUGGGGUCUGGGAAAGGUUCCCCUCCUCUACUUGUUGGGCCCAUCGAGUUCAAUGUGGAACCUGGAACUGUGGCGGGGGCCACCUACGCACUGCUAGCAGUUCUCAUGGGCCUAGCUUUCUUCGAUGCCUCCUGGUCUUGCAGAAGAGAGGGAGGGAGAGAGGCACAUGAGUGUAGCGAUUACGUCCGAGAUGCGAAGGGGCUGACAAGCACAGCACUCGGAAACACGAAGAGCAAGAACCUUAUGGCAUUCAAUUUGCGGAAUCUUCAAGAGAACAAUCGUUAUGCUGCGGAGAGACUCAGUGUAGGGUGUGCAGCUGCUUGUGGAAGUUGUGGUGGUCCCGGAGAGAAGACGGAAAUUAUGCUGACAAGUGGAGACUCUGGAGAGUCAUUCAGCGAAGGGAAAGGGAAUGAGAAUUAUGAGAUGCCAACAAACUCUGAUCAUACUUCCACCCGGCAAACCGACGCAGCAGUGGCAGUGACAGUAGCUAGAGCUAGCCUUCGAGGCCUGGAACGUAUCGGCUGGGUGUGCAUGGGCAUCACUUGCUUGAUUCAGCUCCUGCUGCAGACGGAAACGAAUGCAGGGGUUGUUUUGCUAAUGCUGCUUCAGCUUCUGGCGUAUCUCCAGUACGUGGAAAACGACAGCUGUAGACGGCGGCGAGAAUGGGAAAUAGUUCUUGCUCUGGAGUGGUUGGGAACAGCCGGUUUCUUCUCGACAGGAAAUACAAAUACCUUGGCCACAAUCAACAUGUCUGGUGCCUUUACAGGCUUGUCACCGCAAAAUUAUGUGGGUGCUGCAAUCCUCAUGUUUAUCACCACAUAUGGGGCACCUUUGCUCUCCGUUGGACCCACAAUGAUUGCCUUAUCCCGACUUGGACGACGGGACGUUCCUUCGUUGUCUUCGACCGGAUUCAGCUCACCAAACAACUCGAAGGCAUCAACCUGUUCUCGAUAUCAAGCCUGGUCACAGCUGCCACAAAGGCUCUGCAACAUAACUGCUGUGGCUUGCAUUGUUCCUCUUGCCUUCCAUGCAAUUGCUCUUGCAACGUUUACGCUGGUUCUCUUCAUACAUCGUGGGCAUCCAUUUAUCUGGAUCGUCUUCUGCCCCAAGUAAGGAGCUUGUGAUUGCUGUCUUCUCCGUCCCCUGGGUAGUUGGUUACUAACUUAGUAACCUAAAGUUGC